AUGGACGCGCACCUCGCGCAACAGGCUCAGAGGGGGCAUCGUCUGCACACCCUUCGUGCAUCCAUCGCCGACCUAGAAUCGCAAACUGCUCAAGUGGAAGCCCAGAUUGCUGGAAUCAAAGCCAAGUUGAAAAGUGACCCCUCGACAACGGUCCAACGCCAUAUUCGUCUGCUGCAUGAGUACAACGAGAUUAAAGACAUUGGACAAGGCCUGAUGGGUCUCAUCGCAGAUGCGCGCGGCGUGCGCCAGAUCGAGGUGCAGAGGGAAUACGGCGUGGCCGAUCGCGAUUGA